UACGAUCCUUUUACAGACCACCUGGUUUACGAACAGUACAACAAUGCUGUGGAAGACCUGCUGGACUCCAUCCUGGCAGCACACAACCUGCCCAGCGAAUCGGAGAACAGGAAACGCGACAAGCGCAGUACCUCGCUGGACAUCUCGAUCAAGGACACGCUUGGUGUGCACAGGCUUCAGUUUGUAGAGCCGUACGCUUCUCUAUGCGAGCGGCAACUCUCAGUGAGCCUUGUGCCAUACGCAGACGAACUGUACGUUUUGUGCCUGUCGGCCGGCGUAAAGCAGACUCCAGCUCGACUGACCGUUGGAACCUUGACUGAUAACAAAUGGAUUCCCCUCGCCCAUAGCAACUGCUUUGACCCGACAGCGGUUGUAGGAUUCGUCUUCAACAGUAAACUGUACAUGGUGAUCGCCGACGCUGGACUCGAAAACGGCGCCGAGCUUCAAUUUUUCGACAAGGACACCAGGAAGAUCUACAUUGACCAUACGAUCAACAGUGCUCGGCCGACUGCGGUGGCGUUUUGGCAAAUGAAAUCUACGGGAGACUACAACCUCGCUUUGGCGAACUCCGGCAAGGAAACGUCGACCUCUAUUUACAGCUGGAAAGCCACGUACUUCGACAAGUACGCAUCGGUGGAGAGCCGAGUGGUGCGUGACCUGGAGCCUUUCUCCAUCCACAACUCCGAUUUUCUGGUCGUCGUGAACCAGCGCUUCUCCAAGGACACUGCCAAAGUCAGCACGGUCGUCUUCAAGUACGAUAUCUCCCGCAACGCUUGGAAGACUCUGCAAGAGAUCCCCACGUACGCCGCCACCGACGCAGAGUUUUUCACCCUGGGACGCUACGCCUCGACCAAGGAGUUUUUCCUGGCUGUCGCCAACCAGUACGAGCAACAUGACGACCAUCGGAACUACGCAGUGGACUCAAUCGUUUACAAGUACGUCGACGGAAAGUUUGUGCCGUUUCAAUGCCUGCACACGACCGGAGCAACGAAAAUUGCGGCGUACGAUGGAUCUGAUGGUGAAUUCCUGUUGGCCGUUGCCAGCCUCUACGAACCUGUGCACCUAUAUCAGUACAACGGCUGGCACUUCGUGCUGGCUCAAGUUCAGUACACACAGUCUACUAUGGGGCCUGGUGUUCGUGAUUUGAGCUUCUACUUCACUCAGCCCGCCAAGCACAUUCUGCUCGCUGUAUCUAACCCGGCCACAGACGGACCGGGUGUUUACAAGAUAAGCUUCUACCACGACAACCAGAUUCAGCGCUGGUACGACGAAAGCCUCAAGUGGUGCCAGGAGUCGUCCGCACUCGCCACCGAAAACUCGGCUGCCCAGUUAGCCUCGCAACUAGACAACGUCUUCUAUACUGACCAGACGGAGCCUAUUCGUAUCCCUGGCGAAGUGGUCUUCCAAGAUCUUCAUGUCGCCGAGUCCUUGAGGGCACCACAGUUUGAGGAGCUGGCCACUGGUGAGAGCUACAGCAUCAAGAACCUGCAAGAACUUGAAAAACUGCAGUUGGAACUGAACGCGAUGAUGGACAUUGUUCGGAAGACGUUAGAUGACUUAGAGGACGCGCUCAAGCUCACUGGGGACCAAGUCAUAGCUGGAGACCACCACUUUGAAUCUCUCGGUCUGGAGUGCCCGUCUUCUGGCUGCCAGGUUUCCCACCUGCAGACGACCUACCUGAACAAGGAAGACGUUGGAAACCUUGCACAGCGUCUGUUCUUCACAAACAUGCCGCAGACGGUGGAUACUCCUAUGUCGUUCGAUCACCUGAACGUGGAAAAUUUAUCGGUGGAUGGCGCAGUAAACGGCAUGAAUGUCUCCAAGCUGGUCACAGUCACAGGAAACCACGUCCUCGCCGGCAAUAUUCGCUUCGCAAGACCUAUCCACACUAAGGACUUGAGCGUUUCUGGUACAUUGGGAGGCUUGGUAUUUUCACAGAAGCACCUGAUGCUCGCAGAAGGUGACCAACUGCAGACAGGAGAACUCACAAUGACCGACGCAACUACUCACUACCUUCAGGUUGACGGGACUUGGAACGGUCUUAACCUCGCAAAGUUCUACCGAGACUCACUAACCAUAGAUGGAAACCACGUCAUAACAGGUCGCAAAACCUUUCAGAAGGUUUUUAUGGCUGGCACACUUGGCCUAUUGAAAGGAGGGCGCUUCAACAACGUGAAUCUACACGACCUUUGGAACAACGUCUUGUGGACCCACAAGAGUCAGAUCGUCACUGCCCCUCACAAUUACACCAACGUGCACUUCAAGGAUAUCAGCGUGCGGGGUACAAUUAACGGUGUUCGCAUACCCGGUCCAGAGGUCGUCCUUGUCAACCAGAAUGUAACCGUUUCUGCCGACAAAGUGUUUUUGGACGACUGCUCUGCAAGCGAGCUCCACGUCAACGUAGCCUUCAACGGUCUUCAGCGUAUUCACGUCCCAGAAUCUGAAUGGAAAGGACAGUUGGACAUCCUGGUGAAAACGCCCGCACAAUGGAUCACGGGAAGAAAGACGUUCAAGAAAAUUCACCUCAAUGGCCAGAGCGAUGUCGGCAGAUUCAUCGAUGGCGUCAACCUUUCGGAGCUGGGAAACUACAUGCGUAGGAGACGCACGCCCGUCAUGAAUGGAACAUGGACAUUUACUGGAACUGUGGUCUUCGAAGACAGGGUAGUCGUCACGGGGCUUGUCAAUGGCCACAAACUUGACGAUUUGUAUCGCCACGCUCUUCGUUUGGACGCUCCAGUAUUUCCAAACUAUAAACGGGUUUAUUUCGCCAGCAACAUUCAGGCGAGAAACUUGUCCUGUCGAGACAUUAACGGUUUUGACGUUCCAUCGUCUUUUGUACUCCGACGGGGCCCGAAAGUGGUAAGCGGUGAAAAGGGAUUCAGUAGGCUUGUACUGAAUGGCCCCGUCACGGUUAAACGACUGGUAAAUGGUGUUGAUCUCGGAGUACUUCAAGAUUCUCUUCUGACACAAGGCACUCAGGUUGUCAAAGCUCCCAAGGUUUUCAAGCGUAACCUUCGUGUCAAGAAUCUGGUCGUUGAUGGAUCGAUCAACGGUGUGAAAGUAGACGAGUUCUGUCGCUUGGACGAAAACUGCAUCUUCACAGCCCCCAAAGAAUUCGAGACCUUAAACGUAGCUGGUGGCGCAGCCCUGGGCAACCUCGUUGUUCGAAACACUAUUAAUGGCGUGAAAGCAAUUGAAUUGGUGGAAGACACGAUGCUUUACUCCGCUCGUCAAGUUGUCACCGGAACGAAGUCAUUCCCUGGAAAUUUGACACUCCCCCCAAACUCUAACGUCCAAACCAGCAACUUUUCGGGAGUAAAACUAGCCGAGCUCUACUCCGAAGCCGUUCUUCUCACUGGUGACCAGGUCAUUGCUGGCAAAACCGUCUUCGAAGCUCCGGUUACGGCGCCCAACUUCGAAUUUUAUUCCACUCUUGACGGCGUGUCUCAAGACGACAUCGAAAACUGGAUGCUGCAAGGAGUUGACCAAGUGGUCAACGGCGAUCUCGUCUUCGAAAAUAAUCUGGAGACUCUAGCGCCUCUGGACGUACACGACACCAUAAACGACGUGAAUCUCAAGGACCUCGCCGGCAGGAUAGCCUACAAGAACGAAUCGACUACCUUCACGGGACCCGUGCGAUUUGCCUUCUUGGGUUCAAUGGCCGACGUCCACGUAACUGGAACAGUUCAGGGCAUCGACGUUUCUGAAGAGCUUGUCGACGGCACAAAGGAUGUGACUAUCACCGGACGAAAGUUCCUGAAGAAUGGUUUCCUUGUUGACGGCGAUAUUUGGGUGAACGGACUUCUUGAUUCGGUGAAGGUGGAUGAUCUCUGCAAGAGGGCGGUUCGGGUGAACACGAAGCAGGUGAUUACUGCUCCGACAGUGGUCAUCGGUAACAUCGUGUUCCACAGGGGAGUGGCAGUUGGGGGACUGCUGGACGGGAUUGACGUUAAGGAAAUGGACACCGCCUGCUUGAAGACCGACGGCGAUGCUAUAGUGAGAGGAACGAAAAAGUUCAGAAAUCUCAUCGUCGAAGGGCCAGUCACGAUCCGCGGUUUGCUCAAUGGAAUGAACCUAAACUUCCUGAAACACAACUACAUGAGCGUCUCUAAGGAUCAGGUUGUCGAAGCAAGGUUGAGGAUGCCAAAGAUGCAAGUUCGCGGUAAUUUGCACUGCGAUGGUAUCGAGACCCGUGACGUGAACGGAAUGAAUUUGCCUUUAUUCCUCAACUCUACACUACGGACCGGGGGUGACCAAGUGCUGACCUCGACUUGCAUAUUCGGGAAUGCUACAUUUAACGACGUCACCGUGCGUGGUACAGUCAACGGAGUUCGAAUGCCCGAGGACGUGUUCACGAAGAUUCGACCCAACGUGAUGACUGGACCCCUGGAAAUUCUCGGCAAUGUUACCGUUAGGAAUACCCUCACUAUGCCGGAGUCUGCACGACUUCAAGGAGUGGACAUUGACGCGUGGGCGAACGACGCCGUUUUUAACGACGGCAGAGAAUACGUUGUCAAGGGACGAAAAGUAUUCAACAGUCUCAACGUAGCCGACAGCCUGAUUAAUGGAACGUUAGAUGGAGUUCAUGUAUCUCCCUCCGAAUUGUUGCUGGCAACAGGAGAGCAGGUCAUCACUGGAAAGAAAAUAUUUCGCAACGGCAUGACCGUCGCCGAUCUUAAAGUUGCUGGUUUCCUGAAUGGUGUCAACCUGCACGAGUUCAUCCGGAUGGCUAUGCUCAAGAGCAGGAAUAACACCGUGACAGCCCCGAAACGUUUCGUCGGGGGUUUUAGAGUGGCCACGUUACACACCCUUGGGAGAGUUGGCAACGUUAGUCUUCAAGAGCUGAAACUAAAGACAAGAUCCAUGGAGAAUAUCGAGGCGCUUGUAAUGCAUCUUCAGCAGCAAAAGAAUCGCAUUGAUGAACUGAAUCUUGCAUUCAAACAGCAAGCGGUUUUCGUCUCGUACUAUGACAAGAUCUUCAGCUUCACCGUCGGGCAAUCCCGUUCUGCCUGCUAUGCCCAACUGCAAGACUUAACAGAACUGUUCCUGCUCACAUUGUCUGGAGGAACUUCAACAUCUUGUGGCGUUCUAAAAACAUUCCGGGUGGAUCAUGGCAGCUACAACCUCUUUCCAGCCCAGCAUGAUAUCGCAGUUGCCCACGGUUCUUCAAUUUACCACCUCGUGCUUCCAGGCGCAGAUUUCAUUAUCGUCGCUAACAAAAACUCUGCAAUGGCGUGUUCGAAGCAGAGGCCACAAAUGGGGGUCGUAGGAGACGAACUUGGACACAGUUCGAUUGAGAUCUUGAUCUGGAACUCCAGUAUAAAAGCACUUCGGCUGUACCAAGUUGUCAAGAUCGUGGAUCUACAAAGCCUGUCCUUGUUCCAUCACAAAUCCCAAGGUUGUUUGGCAGUCGUUGCGAGCGGAUUUUUGAAGAUUAUCUGCCUUCAGGAUCCAUCUAAGGGAUUUAGGUUGCUUCAGAACUUGCCAGUUCAUUACAGCACAGGGGUUUCUGCAAGUCACUGUCCACUGGACGACUCUCUCCUCUUGGCCGUAUCCGCAUCUCAACCGGGCCAGUUCGAUAGGGUCUUCCUUUACCAGUGGUCUCAGGGUCUCAAGAAACUCGCAAGCGUCCCGGCAGUUUCAGUUAGUUCUCUCGCUGUGGUGGGCCACGGCGGACACUGCUUCGUCGUCGUCGGUCAACGCAGGGUUGGCGGUGCCGAUGCUGCGACCUCGGUUUACAGGUACUUACCAGGUCAUCCGCAAGCAUUUCUGGAAGUCCAGAGGUUGCUUCCGGGAGACGUGCGGUCCAUCACGUGGCUACCGUCUCCAGACAACCACACGCUCUUGCUUUUCAUCCACGUUGGCAAUAACCAGGGGCUGAAAAUCUACUCGUUCAAGGGAGCCUCGGGCUUCGUGGAACAGGACUCGCUCCACGUUGACGGUUCCUUCAACGAGGUUCGGACCUUCAGAAGGUCUGACGGUCGCCAUUUCGUCAUCAUGUCCAGUAGCCACGAAGAACCUUCGGCGGUCGUGCUGCUCUCAAAACUCAAGGGAAAACCUUACGACCGCCCUUAA